UUAUUGGAACUUGCCUACGAGCCCAUAGAAAAUAUGAUUGGUGAUCCAUCAACCGACGGCAAAAGUUGGUUACUGAUUGCCAAAACCUGUUUCAUGAAGGCCCUUCCUCUGAGAUUUGAAGAGGAGAACGAACUCGGCAGUGGGACAUUUGGAGUCGUGUACAGAGGGACGUUCGAAGGAAAUGCAGUUGCUGUUAAAGUAUUUAAGGAUCAUUUAGAUGUUGAAAGAAAAAAAGACCAGAAACGGGAAAUGGAGGAACAUCUCCGGUUGGACCACGAAAAUGUCCUAAAACUUUUGCACGUCGAUGAAUUACGGGAUAAAACAUGCCUUGUGCUCGAAUUAUGUGCCGGGACACUCACCCAAUGUAUUGCUAAAGAAUACAACGGACCUAUGCCGCCAGAUGGCAUAGUUUUAUAUCAAAUCGCCAAUGGAUUGCACUUCAUCCACUCUCAAAAUUUAGUUCAUCGCGACGUCAAACCGGAUAAUAUCCUCAUCUCAAUCACGACACCCAUCCAAAUGAAAUUGUCCGAUUUCGGAUACGUCAAGAAAAUAAGUCCUCAGGGGACAUUUACGCAGCAGAGUGGAUUGAAAGGAACUCUGAAUUGGAUGGCGCCCGAAAUUUUGGAGCUUAUGGACGAUUCUAUCACUGAACUUCCGCACGGAACAAUCCAAAGCGACACAUUCGCUGCCGGCUGCGUCUUUUUCUACUUCCUGACCGGCGGUAAACAUCCGUUUGGCAACAGCGUCACAGUCCCGGGGAAUGUUUUGAAAAAUAAACCUGUAAACUGGAUGGAAGUCGUCCGCCAAAUUAAUUUUCCGGUUAUGCAAGGCCUAUACGAACUGAUCGGAAAAAUGAUAAAACCGAAAGAGGAAAGAAUCUCAUUGCCCGAGGUUAUCAAACACUUGACAGCAAAAUUAUGCGCAUCACGACAAUUUAAGAAAUUUAGGAGGUCAGUGUCGGAAUUAAGAAACAUUUUAUUAGUUAACCGUUUCCACCCGACCGAACCGGUUCUCGCCUGCCUUGUUAUUGAUAAAGUGAUUUUAUUAUCUGCGGAUAAUUCGUCCAUUCCUUUUUCAAAUUGGAAGGAAAAGGAAACUCAACUUGAACUUGGGAAUUUUGAAAAAACUACAACAAUGGAAUGGAAUGUGGACGGAACCCAAUUGGCUGCCGCCUCUCAUACCGUCAUCGUGUGCUGGAGUUAUCCAAGUGGCGAAAUUCUCUUUCAACAGACAAUUUUAAACGAACUGAUAACUCGAAUCGAGUGGAAUCCCUUCAGGCCAAACGUGUUCGCUGUUUUAGCGGAAUACGGAUUUCACAAACUUUUCUUCUUCAAUUCCUGCCCUGUCGAACAACGGCCAUUUCAUUUCUACACAAUCGAAAGUGAUGCCACGAGUGUCCAGUGGAUCUCUGCGAAUCGAGUCGCUCUCGGCUUAAGAAAAUUUAAGAAAAAUUUUGAAAUUUGGGAAAUUGACGAAUCGACGACUUCCGCAAAAAUCGUCAAACGACUCGAACAUGAAGGCGUGAGGGUGUUUUUUUGCGGCCUGAUAAGAGAUAUGGUAUGGGACGAACGGACGAAAUGUUUGGCCGCUUGUUCGGCCGCUUGUUUAACCGACGGAUGGAUGACGAUUUGGUCGAUGGACAGCGACCAACCCAUUCACGUCACAAAGGUCGAUGGCUAUUGUUGUAGAUUGGCUUGGCGUCCAAACGGGAAACAAACGGACGGUGAAGAUGUGGACGCGGCCAGGAAAUCGGCCGACAAUUUCAUUUUGGCUAUUGGUGGAUUGUGGGAUGGGCGGAUUGUCAUUUGGACUCCGCUGGAUUCAAAGGAAAAGACGAGAAGUCUCAAUCGACACUCAGGUUGGGUAGAGUCGCUGUCGUUUUCACCCGACGGGCGGUUUCUCGCAUCGGCGGACGAUGAUGGGAAAUUGAUCAUCUGGGCAACUGAUCAGGAUUGGGAACCCGUUUACAUCGACGAAGGAGAAGAAAGGAGCGGACGUUUCUCGUGGUUGUCUUCGUCUACGGAUGUCCCGGACUACAAACUGACAUUCAACUCAUACGGUGGCAACAAGGUUCUUGUCGUAGAAUACGCCGUCGACCAGUGUGAAAAGCCGUGCGAAGAUUAAAGAAUUGUCCCCAUUGAAAAUUGACGAAGAUAUAAGAUUAAAAAAGAAACCGGCAAGAUUUAAACAGUUCCAGUCAACGACUUAGUUCACGAAUAAUCGUAUUCCGUACUGUCACAAUUACGUAAUGUCACUGUUUAUCUCCACAUUCUGUAGUCAUAAAGGAAGAAUAUAGAUAGAUUUGUCCUACCUUCGUGUCCGGGCAAUACGGCCAGGCAUCCACAGGUGCUCCAUGCACAGAAUCCAGCAGGCGGGAAUGGAAAAAAGGGCGUCUUCGUGAAUACACCCACACUCACAUGGGCGUACACGAAGACGAAGGAGAUUAAAAGAGAGGGGAAGAAUUCGAUCGGCAUCGGUAGUUGCACCCAGAAAAGAGAUACUAUCUAUCUAAAUAAAAAAUAAAGAAUGUGUUACGAAAUAUUUACAGAACUAACAAGGAACAAGGAAGGAAAAGUUGAAAAUGAGAUAGUGGGUAAACCUUAAUUGUUUAUCAAACAGGAGAACUGAAGAUCAUGAAUGAUGUCAUGUAGCAUU